AUGGAUUCAAUCAAGUUCGAGAACAUAAAAAUGGAGAAAUCAAACGCGAUUUCAAGGUAUCGCCGCGUUGAGCGAAUCACGACUUUGUUUCGCGCGAUUGAACUUCUCGUCGUCGCGAUCGUCGUCUCUAGGUUUUCGACGGCGCUGCCGCUGAAUCUAUCGGUGGAAUAUUUCCGAGAUAUCUCCGCCUCUCUGAUCAGUCCCCGAUUCGUAUUCCUCGUCGGAAACGCGAUCGUCCUUAUCCUGUUUUUCAAAUCGGGCGGAUUUUCGGCAAAGGAUGGGGAGGCGAUCGCCGAUUUCUACGACGAGUACGUCGAGAAAUGCCGGGGGAAUGAGGAGAAGAAGGUUUUCGAUGAUUGCAGAGUGAUGCCUGCGAAGAAUAUGUGUAGGAGCAGCUCCGAGAAGCUGGUGGUGCAUGGCGGCAAGCGCCGCCGCGAGCUGACGCGAAGCAAGACGGAGGGCUGCCGGAGCCGGCGGAAGGCGGAGGAGAUGAGUAGCGAAGAGUUCCGGCGAACGGUGGAGGCGUUUAUCGCCCGGCAGCAGAGGUUUUUGAGGGAAGAAGAUUGA